CCUUCUGUCGAGUCUUUUAUUCGGGCAUCAGCAACAGGCAAUUCACUGAAGGGUUUUGCUGUCUUUUUGAAUCUCACAAAUGCAUGUCAAUCAUUGGAUGAUGUGAGCAAAGUAAGGACUCAAGUUCCCAAAAUCGCUCUUGUCACCCUAGUGCAUAAGCAUCAAAGUAGAUGUACGUUACAAGAGCUUGCAGAGAACGUACAGAAUGCAGGUUAUUCCUUGCUGAUAUAUUUUGAUACCACAGCGAGAUUAAACCCGAACAGUACGAGCAAAGCGUUAUUAAUGAUUCCAGUGGCGGAAGCCUAUACAACCGUCGACCAGAUUAAACUAGGCCGAAUCCUUUCCGAGGCAGAUCGGACCUAUGUUGACAUUGUGUGUCCGGACUCGUAUCGCCCGCCGCAAACAGAUGAACUGAGUGUAAUGGACUCUUACUUAAAGAGGCUAUAUUUCUGGUUUCUUAUUGGACCAUUAAUCACACUCGAGUGGAUGAGGCGUACAAGAAAAUUGUUUUGGGUGACUGAUGGUCAAGAUUAUCAACGAGACGGUGAAGAGCAAGCAACUGAAAACGGAAGUAAUUCCAGUGAAAAUGAAAUUCGAACCAUGGAAGAGGGUGAAAACGAAACUGAUGAACUAGUGCCCUCAAAUUACCAAGGAUCCAGAGGAAGCAACCCAGGAGGAGAAUUUUCGAUCCAAAGAAGUGAGGAACAACCGUUACUUGAUGAACAUACAAGACAACCACCACAACCACGACUCAAUGAAAGAUUCAAGUAUUUUUCUAACUUAAUACUUUUCAUUGCAGCCCUUCCGAUUGCCAUAUCAAGUGGAGGCCUGUCGUUUUUUAGAUUUGACGACAGAACAAACUCUGGGGAUAUAGGUCUUGGUAUCCUAGCAAAAUCCUUUCUUUGUGACGCAGACAGUGACACGCCAAUUAGCUCUGUUGUUGUGUUGCUUCUAACUGUUUUGUUGUGGUCACCGUUUCAGAUAUUUUGUUUCUUACUGUACAGUCGGUUGGCUUGUACUAACACUUGGGUUGUUCCCAUCAACUUUUUAAAACUUAUUCGUAGCGAUUGGUUUGCUUCAAGCAUUUCUUUGCUGGUUUUAGCUGUAGUAGUGCCUUUUUGUACCUCAUUAGAGUAUUUCGGUUUUUUCGCACCUUACAACACCGUUUGCACAGUGUGCAACAUGCUUUUCAUAAUCAUUUUAAACAAGCACAACUUUGUCACGCGCUACGUUUUCUACAUUAGCGUGUGCAUGAUUUCUGCCUAUCUGCAAAGCAGCAUCGUUGCUGUGUUUUAUUUCAUCCUCAAUUCUGAAGGAUCCUUAAACAAUUUAAAACUAACUGCCCUUCGCACUGUGGCGAUUGGACUCACUUUAAAAUUGAGUUUCAGCUCUUCCAUGCACAUUAUAAGGAAACUUAAUAAGCCGGCAGAAUCGCUGUUUGAGGGACUUUCGGAGAAGUAA